AUGGUGGAGGCGAAGCUUCGGGAGGUUUUCAGCGAGGCGGUGUCUGGACUCGACGAGGCGAAGCUCGAGCUGGCCUGGAAUCUGGAGGUCUCUUCCGUCGAUUUGCGGAACUUCCUCCUCAUCUAUGGCAUGCGGCGGUCGACAGGCAGCCGCGAAACUGGCCUGUACCGCAAGCAGGUCUCUGGCCACUACGUGGUUUCGAAAGAACCGACUCCUGCUGGGCCCUGGGAGGUGGCCCAGGCUGCGCUCGAAGGCGGCACUGUUUGUGCGGACUUCGUCCUCACUUGCGAGCAGGUGUUGGAACUGCGCUGUGUCGAGACCCAGGACGUCAAGCUGCAUGAGGCGUCGACAGUGGAUCACCGACUUCGGCUUGAAGCGGAAUGGACUGCGGCGCAAGGAGACGACAGAGAGAUUCCGCCGAGCUUCGAUGAGGAGCGAGGCUGGCUGAUUACGGACCUCAACGGCGCCGCAGAGCUCAACAGCCCUGUGGCCCACCUCGAGGAAGUAGAAUGA